CCGUAAAGUUCCCCGUCUCCCUCUCAGCAAUGACCCGCCGCCAAAUAAACUUGUAUCUUCCAGUUCCUGACCAAAGCCCUCUCUCGCCCUAGAGUUUCCGGAGGAAAUUAAACAAGUGUUUAGUGCAGUGAGGAAGAAGAAAUGAGUGCUUUCAAUAAGUUCAAAACUAGUGUUCCCGUUGCGUGGAGUCCAAACCUCUAUAUAACCCUUGUGAGGGGAAUUCCCGGCACCAGAAGGCUUCAUAGGCGCACUUUGGAAGCACUACGCCUAAGAAAAUGUAAUCGCACUGUCAUGAGGUGGAACACCCCCACUGUCCGGGGAAUGCUUCAGCAGGUGAAGAGGUUGGUUGUGGUUGAGACGGAAGAAAUGUUUAAGGCACGCAAAGCAAAUGAAGCUGAACACCGAGCACUACGCCCCCCUAUUGUCAUUAGUCAUAUUCCAGCUUCUGCAACCAACUCCUCUAAGCAGCCUUAGAAGGUCUAGAUUAGCUAGUUUUUCCACCUCUGUUUCAGUAGUGAUUAUUGUGAUAUAGUCUGUUUGAAGAAAAUAAUCAGGUAAAAAAUGGUGAAACUUGAAAUAUUAAUGUAUUGAACCUUUUGUUCUCCAUGCAUGCAAGUGCUUUAACUGGUAGUUAUGUAUUGUCCUUGUGAU